AUGCCGACUCCUUCCUCAGCGCCCUCCGACCGGAGAGGCAAUCAACACGACCUGGGCGCAGGCCUCAACCUCAGGAGCCCCGAAAUCGACAACCACCCCUCGGGGCCCCCCAAGCAUGGCGACUUCGGCCAGGCCGAGCGCGGCGUGUCCAUCGCCUCGACCUUUUUGUCGGGCAUUUUGGCCAUCAAUGCCGCCCAGUUCAUCGGCCUGCCCUUCAAGAUGAUUGAUCCCAAGUUCUACAACGAAUACAUCGCCUUCACCAAGCAGUCCUUCGCUGUCCUCAUCACCACCAUGACGCAGUGGUGGUCUCCCACCAAAGUCCAUGUCAGUGGCGACGCGAGCAUUCCCAGCCAGCUGUCUUUGAAGCCCGACGGGAGCCUUGAGUGCAGGUUUCCCGAGCGAAUGGUCCUCAUGGCGAACCACCAGCUCUACACCGAUUGGCUGUAUCUCUGGUGGAUCGCCUACACCAGCAAGAUGGCCGGCCACGUCUACAUCAUCCUCAAAGAAUCAAUCAAGAACAUCCCCCUGAUCGGCUGGGGUUCGCAAUUCUACAACUUCAUCUUCCUUGCCCGGAACUGGGAGAAGGACAAGCCGCGCUUCCAAGAGCACCUGCAGCAACUCAGCAACCCCAAGGAUCCCAUGUGGCUCAUCAUCUUCCCUGAAGGCACCAACCUCUCGGCCUCUACCCGCGAGUCGAGCCGGAGAUGGGCGGAGAAGAAUGGGAUCAAGGACAUGCGCCACCAGCUCCUUCCGAGAAGUACAGGUCUGAAAUUCUGUCUGGAAAACCUGAAGGACUCCACCGACUGGCUCUACGACUGCACCAUUGCAUACGAGGGCGUCCCCACUGGUGAAUACGGCCAAGACAUCUACACCCUCCAGUCUUCCUUCUUCGAAGGCCGGCCCCCUAAAUCGGUCAAUAUGCACUGGCGCCGCUUCCGCAUCUCGUCCAUCCCGCUGCAUUCAGACAAGGCGUUUGAGGCCUGGCUGCGCAACCGCUGGAAGGAGAAGGACCACUAUCUCGACUACUACCAACGCACCGGCGCCUUUCCGUCCACGGACCCCUGGAAAGCCUCUUCGCUGGCCGAGAUGAACAAGAUCAAGCCGGCCAAGUCGCUCGAAGCGCAGGUCAAAAGCGGCAGCUGGGGCGAGUUCCUGGCCAUCUUCGCCCCCAUCACGGCCUUCCUGACGGUAUUGUUCCUCUUCUACGGCGCUUCCGUCACAGAGAUGGUUGGAACAGGCGCGUCUGACAUGCAUGCUCGAGUCAAACAGGCACAGCGUGAGGGCAAGCUGCAAGCUGACGGCGGCAUGCCGCCCUCGCUGGCGAAGAAGGCGCUGAAGAACGCGCGCGCCGCGGACCCGAACUACAGCGACGCGGGCGCGUCGGGCACCAGCGCCGGCAAGCCGCAGUACGGCGAGUGGGACGCGAUCCGCAAGGCGUUGGCGCAAAAGAACAUGGAGGGCGUCAAGUCGUUCGCGCCCAAGGCGCCGUCGACGGCCGACUCGGUCUCGGGCCACCGCUCCUUCUCCCAGCCCACAAAGAAAGCGCCGACGACGACUGUUCCCACCACACCGUCGACGCACGCCGCGGCGGCGAAGAAGACCAAGGCGCCCCUGAAGUUGGACACUUCCAACGAGGCGCUGACGGCGCUGCUGAAGCGCAACCUCGGCAAGGCGCAGAACAGCACGCAGGUGGCCCAGCAGACGAUCAAGCUGGCCAACGGCCAAACCAUCCGCGCCCCCGCGAACGAGCCGGCCGAAACGAAGAAGGGCCCAGUGAAGCUGGCCAACGGCCAAACCAUCCGCGCCCCCGCAAACGAGCCGGCCGAAGCGAAGAAGGGCCCAGUGAAGCUGGCCAACGGCUUGUCGAUCGGCGGCGAGAAGAAAGCGGUGCCGUCCUCGCCGCUGAAGUUGGCGAACGGCUUGGCCGUGGGAGCGAAGGGCCCGCAGCAGUCGUCGACACCCGCUCCGAAAACAACGACGACGACCCCCGCCAAAAAGGCGUCCGACGUCGCGACCCCGAAGCCGCUGAAGAAGAAGCCGACGCCGCUGGCGAAGAAGGGCCCGGCCCUGACGUCGACGGUGCUGCCGGCGGACAAGAAACCGCAGCAGAAAACCAACGGCGGGGGCGCGUCGUCUACCGCAAAGACGCCGUCGUUGGCGAGCGGACCGACCAAGUCGACGGCCAGCGUCGCAACGCCUGCUGCGCCGUCGUCGGCGGCGGCGAGCAAGAAGCCGGCCCCGGCUGCAGCGGUGAAGAAAGCUCCGGCCCCGGCUCAGGGCCAGAGCAAUGCCCCGAAGCCGAAGAUGCCGCUGGUCGUGCAGGAAACGAGUAGGGGGCCCAAGGAGAAGAUUGCGCCAAGGAAGCUGGAUGCUGUGAGGGCGAGGAAGGAUAAGUGA